AUGCUUUAUCUGCUCUCAUCGUGUGUGUGUAUACCACGUGCAAUUUCGGUUCAACCAAGCACAGAUCACAGCAGUUCCAAGUCUGACAGAGCGCAGAGAAUUGAGUAUCUCACAAAAAUCCCUCGGAGUGUCAACUUGGAGAGCCUGCAGAAUGGGUAUUUGUUUCCUGAGAUAUCCAUGCGAGAGUCUGAUUAUGCUCAAAGGAAUCCACAUGCAAGAUUGAUAAGACUUGGAAUUGGUGAUACUACACAGCCAAUACCAGACAUUAUAACUUCAGCUAUGGCGGAGCAAGCAAUGGCUCUGUCAACAGCACAAGGCUAUAAGGGUUAUGGGCCUGAGCAAGGCUACAGGGAGCUAAAAAGGGCAAUAGCAAAAACCUUUUACCAAGAUAUGCAAGUGAAAGAAAAUGAGAUUUUUGUAUCUGAUGGUGCCCAGUGUGAUAUUUCUCGCGUUCAGAUGCUUCUGGACGCUAGUUUGUCAAUAGCUGUGCAGGAUCCAACUUUUCCGGGUUACGUAGAUUCCAGCGUGAUUGUUGGUAGGGCUGGAAGGUUGAAUGCAGGGAGUGGAAAGUACAAAAAGAUUGUGUACAUGAAGUGUGGACCAGAGAAUAAUUUCUUUCCAAACCUAUCAACAACUCCAAAGACUGACUUGAUUUUCUUUUGUUCUCCAAACAAUCCAACUGGUAGUGCUGCGUCUCGGCAGCAACUUGAGCAACUUGUGGAGUUUGCAAAAGCAAAUGGGUCUAUCAUCAUUUAUGACUCUGCUUAUGCUGCUUACAUUUCAGAUGAAAGCCCUAGAUCAAUUUUUGAAAUUUCUGGAGCCAAAGAGGUGGCAAUUGAAAUUUCAUCAUUUUCCAAAUUUGCUGGGUUUACUGGUGUCCGGCUGGGGUGGACAGUAGUGCCAGAAGAGUUGUUGUAUGCCAAUGGUUAUCCUAUGAUAAGGGAUUAUGAUCGCAUUGUCUGCACCUGCUUCAAUGGUGCAUCUAAUAUUGUUCAAGCUGGUGGACUUGCAUGCCUUUCUCCACAAGGAUUUCAGGCAUUGAAAACAAUAAUGCAGUAUUACAUGGAAAAUGCAAAGAUACUUGUUGAGACGUUUGAGUCAAUGGGCCUAAAAGUGUAUGGGGGCAAAAAUGGGCCUUAUAUAUGGGUGCAUUUUCCAGGGUUGAGUUCAUGGCAAGUCUUCAACCAGAUUCUUGAGAGAGCAGCCAUUGUCACUGUCCCUGGAAUAGGGUUUGGUCCUGGGGGCGAGGGCUAUAUUAGAGUUAGUGCCUUUGGUCGCAGAGAAUCUGUGUUGGAAGCUUCGAAGAGAUUGACAAAACUACUAUAA